AUGAAUCAUCUGUUUUUGUUCUUGGAGCGGUCCUAUACAAAAACCUAGACCUAAUUUUGCCUACUUUGAGAAAUUACACUGUCGUCAAUUCUAAAAUCAUCGUGGUCACUAUCAGGCCUGAACCUAAAACAACUGACUCGUUUUUGGAGAUAGAGUUGGCUCACUUGGCAAAUGGCACUUUGAAUCCAUAUUGCGUGUUAUGGGAUGACUCAAAAUCGAACGAAUCUUUGGGAACGUGGUCCACCCAGGGAUGUAAAACUGUGCUUACCGAUGCAUCCCAUACGAAAUGCUUAUGUGAUCGACUCUCUACCUUCGCCAUUUUGGCUCAGCAACCUAGAGAAAUAGUCAUGGAAUCCUCUGGCACCCCCUCAGUUACUCUCAUAGUAGGCAGUGGCCUCUCCUGCCUAGCCUUGAUAACUCUAGCAGUUGUGUAUGCAGCACUAUGGAGGUACAUUCGGUCUGAGAGGUCCAUCAUUCUAAUUAACUUCUGCCUAUCUAUCAUCUCAUCCAAUAUCCUCAUACUGGUUGGACAGACUCAGACACACAAUAAGAGCAUCUGCACUACCACCACGGCUUUCUUGCAUUUUUUCUUCCUGGCUUCAUUCUGUUGGGUCUUGACAGAGGCGUGGCAGUCCUACAUGGCUGUGACAGGAAAAAUUAGGACCCGGCUUAUAAGAAAACGUUUUUUGUGCCUUGGAUGGGGGCUGCCAGCUUUAGUAGUGGCCACGUCCGUAGGCUUCACCAGGACAAAAGGAUAUGGCACGGAUCACUACUGCUGGCUGUCUCUUGAAGGAGGACUGCUCUAUGCCUUCGUUGGACCUGCAGCCGCUGUUGUCCUGGUCAACAUGGUGAUUGGCAUUUUGGUAUUUAAUAAACUUGUUUCCAGAGAUGGGAUCCUAGAUAAAAAGCUCAAACACAGAGCCGGGGCCUCUCUUUGGAGCUCCUGCGUGGUGCUUCCACUUCUGGCUCUGACAUGGAUGUCUGCAGUUUUGGCCAUGACAGAUAAACGCUCCAUAUUGUUUCAGAUACUUUUCGCCGUGUUCGAUUCUUUGCAGGGUUUUGUGAUAGUCAUGGUCCAUUGCAUUCUUCGGAGAGAGGUUCAAGAUGCAUUUAGAUGCCGGUUGAGAAACUGUCAGGAUCCAAUCAAUGCUGAUUCUUCAAGUUCUUUUCCUAAUGGACAUGCUCAGAUCAUGACAGACUUUGAAAAGGACGUAGACAUUGCCUGCCGAUCAGUGCUUCAUAAGGACAUUGGUCCUUGCCGAGCAGCGACGAUCACAGGAACGCUUUCCAGGAUCUCUCUAAACGAUGAUGAGGAAGAAAAGGGAACGAACCCCGAAGCGAUAAGCUACUCAACAUUGCCUGGAAAUGUCAUUUCCAAAGUCAUCAUCCAACAGCCCCCAGGCCUGCACAUGCCCAUGAGUAUGAAUGAGCUGAGUAACCCGUGUCUGAAGAAAGAGAACACUGAACUGCGAAGAACUGUGUACUUGUGCACGGACGACAAUUUGAGAGGGGCCGAGAUGGACAUUGUCCACCCUCAGGAACGAAUGAUGGAAAGUGACUAUAUCGUGAUGCCUAGAAGUUCUGUCAGCACCCAGCCAUCGAUGAAAGAGGAAAGCAAAAUGAAUAUUGGCAUGGAAACCUUGCCGCAUGAAAGGCUUUUACACUACAAAGUAAAUCCUGAAUUCAAUAUGAAUCCCCCUGUAAUGGACCAGUUUAAUAUGAACUUAGAUCAGCACCUUGCCCCCCAGGAACACAUGCAGAAUUUACCCUUUGAGCCUCGCACAGCUGUGAAGAAUUUCAUGGCCUCUGAGUUGGAUGAUAAUGUGGGACUGUCGAGAAGUGAAACUGGAUCAACGAUAUCAAUGAGUUCUCUAGAGAGAAGAAAAUCGCGGUAUUCUGACCUUGACUUUGAGAAGGUCAUGCACACAAGGAAGAGGCACAUGGAAUUGUUUCAGGAACUAAAUCAGAAGUUUCAAACUUUGGACAGAUUUCGGGACAUACCAAACACAAGCAGUAUGGAAAACCCAGCACCAAACAAGAAUCCAUGGGACACUUUCAAACCCCCCAGUGAAUACCAACAUUAUACCACAAUCAAUGUCUUAGACACGGAGGCAAAGGAUGCUCUAGAGCUGAGGCCCGCAGAAUGGGAGAAGUGUCUGAAUUUGCCUCUGGAUGUUCAAGAGGGUGACUUUCAAACAGAAGUGUAACACAAUCAAAGGUAGAGACACAGUUGAAUACACUGACACUGAGACGUGGGAAGACUGACAUUUCCACCUGGACAGUGUGGCUUUCCUCUGUCGGGACCCUUCCUGUGCCAACAUCAGUGUUUUCUUAUGGUAAUUUCUCACUGGUCAUGCUAGUGGAGAGACGGCCAAGUGUACAGUUCUCACCACCCCGUGUUGUAAGUACCCGUGGAAUGGAUUUGUAAGGUAAUCUUUAUAGAUAAACCUCAAGCAACGAUUCAUGUUGUAACAGCUUCAUGUGGUUU